AUGCUACUAGCAAGCUUCUGUCUCAGGAAUUCGCUCCGCAGAAGUCUUCUUGGGUCAUUCCGGUCGUAUAGCGCGGCGCACAAGCAAGCCUUCCUAGAGCCAGUCGCGUCGCACCCUGGGAUCGCUCGGCUUGCUCUUAACAGGCCUCAGAGCAAGAACGCAAUAUCAUUGACGCUUCUCAAGGAACUAGGAGAAUGUCUGGAGACCGCACAUUAUGAUCCGAGUAUACGCGUCUUGAUUAUUAGCUCUACCACACCGGGGUCCUUCUGCGCUGGGGCCGACCUCAUUGAACGACGCGGGAUGUCACAAACACAAGUGAACAAGUUCCUCAUCGACCUCCGAGCCGCUCUCGGGAAGCUCGAAGCGCUGCCCAUGCCUACCAUCGCUGCCAUUGAUGGCCCAGCACUGGGCGGAGGCCUGGAGCUGAGCUUGGCCUGCGAUCUUCGCGUCGCAAGUAACAGCGUGACAAAAAUAGGCCUCCCGGAAACGAAGUUGGGAAUCAUUCCUGGUGCUGGUGGUACACAACGCGUCACCAGGCUGAUAGGUGUAUCUAGAGCCAAAGAUCUUAUCUUCACGGCGAGAUCCCUAAUCGCCUCAGAGGCCCUGGAGUGGGGGCUCAUUGACUACGUCGCGCCACCCGAACAGUCGGCGCAUGAUUAUGCUGUAGACUUGGCCACGAAGAUCUCUUUGAAUGCUCCCCUCGCACUGCGGGCAGCUAAGCAGGCUAUCUCGCGAGCUGAGGAUCUACCUCUGGAGAGCGGACUUGAUUUCGAACGAGCCUCAUAUGAGGUGCUUCUGAAAAGCCAGGACCGCUUGGAGGCCUUGCAGGCGUUCAAAGAAAAGAGAACUCCAGUAUUCAAAGGAGAAUAA